UCCCACAUUACUCUCGCUUCCACCCUCCAGAGCAGCGGCUCCGCCUCCUGCCCUCGGACCUGCUUCGCCGGCUCUUCCCCCAGAGCCCCGAGACGAGGCCGAUCCUGGGGCUCGACGUGGGGUGUAACUCUGGGCUCAUCUCAGUUUGGAGCAGCCACAUUCAGAUGCCCAUUAGUGAAGCAUACGCUUUUAUGGCAAAUCAAUAAGUAUUUCAUUAAUUCCUUCCUUACACCUAGCAUGCUUUUAGCUGCUGUGGAGGGUAGGGAAAAGUAGAUUAAACAACCAAGACUUGCAAAAGUUGGAUUUGAUUCAUUCAGCAAAUAUGUUGCAGUUGAGAAAAGGAGAGGCUUGUACAAGGCAGCAGGCUAUCAUGUGAGCACCAGAAAAAGAAAAAUCUUUGUGACCCUCAAUGGGCAUGGAAGACUUUCAGAAGAUAUGGGAUUUGAGCUGUUCCCUAAGGGAAUAUAGCUUUUGCAGUGAUGAGCCUGGAGAAAGGAACCUCUCAUCAGGAGUACAGAGGACUGGGUAUUCAUAUAUCAAGAACAAAUAGGAUUGGCUGGUUUAGAAUGAAGAUGUCUUCUGAGCAGUAGUGAGAAUUAACAGUGGUCUUUGUCAUUUAAGUAGAUUCUGGAUGGAAUAUUUUAAGUAAAAAGAAAACUAUAAACAUACUAGAGAAAAUGGUCAUUUUAAAAAUUGGAGUAUUUACUGAACAUAAAAAACCCAAAAGCCAUAAAAGAAAAGACCAAUAAAUUUGACUAAGGCAAAGAAAAAAAAAAUCUAAUAAAGUCACAUGACAAACUACCAAUUAGGGAAAUUAUUUGCAAUAUAUAUGACAAAGGGCAAGUGUCCUUAUAAUACAAACAUAACUAUAUAAGGAUGUGUACAUUAUAGUUGGUUGAUAAAAGUGAAAGCUGGAAACAACCCAUCACUAGGAAACUAUGGUACAGCCAUAAAUGGAUUACUAUGCAAUUGUUAAAAAGAACAAGGUAGGUCAAUAUAUGCUAAUGUAGAAAGGUCUCCAAGAUGUUUCAAGUGUAGUAAGUAUAAAUAGUAAGCUCCCACAUUUGUACCUUUUAAGAAGAAUAUACACAUAGAAGGUAAUAAAGCAUCUAAAAGUGAAAAAUUAAAGGAUAACAAUAUAAAUAUAUUUUAAUCAUAUUAAAGAAUCAGCCAGAAAUUAAAAUGCCUCACAGUUGGAGAUGGAAAAUGCAGCAAAAUAUUGCUCUGUGUUAUUUGAUUUUUUUCUAACCAUAUGCACAUAGUGCUUUUUAAAAAUAACUAGUUUUAAAUUAUUUUUAAAAUGAAAUUAAGCAGUCUUUCUAAAAAUAGCUUCCUAAACUGACUCUCACCCCCCAUUGCCCCACCCACCUAUCUAGCUUUUCCCUCAAAGCAUAGCCAAAUUUUUUUAAAGAGUUUUAAACACUUCUUGCCUCCAUCCCUUACUUGGUACAUCUUCUUGAACCCUUUUGAGUUUGGUUUUGCCAAAGUCACUAGGGACAUAGGGCUGAAGUCAGCCAGUAUGUCUCAGUGCUGAUCCAGUGUGACAGCAGUGAUAUCAGUAACUACUUGGUCUUGUCUUGGAAGCCUCUCAGCCAGUUGUCCCCCUCCUUCUCUGGAGCCCCUCUCUAAUGAUGUUCCUCCAAGUUCUGUUCCAGUCUCUUCUCUCCUUGCCAUAAUCUCUUCCACUCCAUGGCUUCAUUUACCACCUAUGUUCUGAUGUCCUGGUGACUCACAAAUCUCUUAUCUCAAGUCCAGAUCUCUUGCCUGAGUUUCAGAAUUAUUUAUCCAACAGCAGUAUGCAAUCAGUACUUCCCAAGCUUUUCCAUUUCGUGGAACACAGAAAAUGGUGAUUUCAUGGUAACAUACCUUACCGAGACUGUUCUCUGUCAGAGGGACAACAGUAGGGAAGCUCUGACCUCUUGGAUAGUUAUUUCCACUUGGACAUCCCCCAGGCAUUUCAAUAUCAGCAUGUUUGGGAGUAAGCAUAUCUCAUCUCCCAAAUCUGCUCUUUCCUCUGGUGUUUUCUGUUGCAGUGAGUGGGCCUACUAUCUGCAAGUUACUUAGUCUAGAGGUCUUGACUUAGCUCUCUGCUUCCUGCCUCUUCCAAUCCCAGCAACUGCUCAACCCUACUACUAAUUUCUUGAAGUCAUUUCCUCUCCACCACUAUCAGUUCCUAGUCGAUAGCACCUUGUUUCUCAUUUGUAGAGCAACUACAAAACUGUUCUCUCCGGUCUUCCUGAUUUCACUCUUACACCCUAUUUUCCACAGUGAUCUUUCUAAAAUGCAGUCGUGGUUACGUGAUCCCCUUGCUGAAAGCCAUCCAAAGGCUCUGCAUUGCUCUUGGGAUAAAGUAUGCUCUCCCCAUUGCUUACCUUUUCAAUUCCAUACUGGUUAUCUAAUUCUAUAUGCACAGUGCCUGGCAUACAGUAGAGACACAAUAAGAAUUUUUGAGUAAGGAAAAUGAGAAAAAGGGUGGUCAAGGACCUGAGUGGAUCCAUCAUAUCUGUGCCAGGUAGGAGGUUUCAAAGCACAUAUUGGCAAUUCUGUCAGAACACAAGGAACAUGAUUGUUUCAUGUAGAAUUAAGCAGCAAUAGCAAAGGUCUGUUCAGCAAAUGACCAAACAGCCUAUCCCCAGCCUCUUUCUUCCUCUCAUUGAGUAAGAAAGACAUCAAGAAUGCACUCUGAGUCAGUCCAACCUAGAGAAUCUUUUGAGAAGGUUAGGAUCUUUUGAGAAGGUAGUUACCAUCCUGACCACCUCCUGGUGUCAGGAAUUCUAAACUGGGGUCAGUUUAUCAACCAGUGUAACACAAUAGCCAAAUGACUACAGCGCUAAACUGAGGAAUGAAGAUGCUGCAACACUGAAUGACCACAUAGUACUGAAGCAGAGGACCCCCCCAAAGUCCUGAUGUGAGCAGUGAGAGGGUAGUUCUCAGAGAUGCCAUCUACCUAUCAGUCAUCAGCACUAUAUGCACAAUUAGAUCAUACACAAAACUGGUUUGUUACCAACACCUUGCAGCAACAAGAAACCUAAAAGCUUAGUUUGUUUUUUAACACAGAUGUUUCAAAAAAGAACACUAUAUGAUCAGUGGGUAUAUAUAACAAGGGAAUAAAAUCAACUUUGGGACUUCUGUAUAAUUUUUAAUAAUUUAAGCGAAUUAGGCCACUGAGAAUUGAAGUAUCCUAAGCCUUCAUCAAAGACAGAGAUCAUGGAGCAAUGGUAGCUUUAUUUCUUCCACCUCAUGUCAGUGAAGAUGAAGGCAUAGAGAACCUGCCAAAAUCUGAAUGCCUCAACUUUCAAGUUUGCAAGAGCCUUUAAGUAAAGGCAGGUACUUGUCUGACAACCAGAUGUUCUGGCUGUGUUUAUUGAACAAGGGAAGCAUCUGAAUGAAAAGUAAAAAAUCAUCUAGGUGGUCUUUUUGCUUCCAAAAAUUUAGUUCUGCUUCCACAAAUAGAGACGCCUGGCUGACUCUUGAGGUGUUUUUCAUCCCAUAGUUUUGUAAUGCAACAGAUACAUGGAGUUUUACUGGACUUUUUAAGUCCUUUGAGGAAUGUUUCGCAUCUGUUUUUGUUGUAAGCCCAGGACUAACCCACUGAUUCCUAUUCAAUAAAUGUUGGGUGAUUGAAUAAUAAUGCUUCAGGGUUCCAAAGAUGCCAGUACCUAUCAUCAAGAAAUAAGGUGAGCUUUCCCAGAAAUGAAAAACAAGUUCACAAAGCGAUUUGCAGAAGAAUGUUUAUAGCCGCCUUAUUCAUAAUAGCUCUAUACUGUAAACACCUAAACAUCCAUCAAAUGGAGAAAUGAAUAAACAAAUUGUGAUAUAUUUAUCCAGGAAAAGACUACACGUGGCUGGAUCUCAAAACCAUUGCUAAACUAAUGAAUAUGGACACAAGAGAGAACAUACUGUAUGAUUCCACUUACAUGAAGUCCAAGGAACAGAGACAAUUAUGGUGAUAGAAUUCAGCAAGUUGCGGGGGCUGUGUGGUGGGGUAGGUGCAGGGUUGUCAACUAUAAAGGAGCAUGAGGGAAUUUUCUGGGGUGAUGGCUCAUUAGCUUGUUUGGGGGGUUACAUAGGUAUAUGUUGAAAUUCACCACACAGAACACCUUAGAUCUGUGCAUUUUAUUGUAUAUUAAGGAUAAAUCAAUUAAAAGUUUUGUUUUAAAGCAAAGAUGAGAAAGCUGGUGGGAGUAACCAUCAUGACAUCUUUUAGCUCCAGUAAUAACGGUCCUCAGGCACUAUUUUCAUCAAGCUACCCCUGUGCUCAAGAAGCAAAACGACACAUUCUCAUUCUGAUCUCACUCAGUCGUCCUCAGCUUUACCCAUUUCCCACCCUACCAAGGUGAACUGCUUACUGUCUGAUGCAGAUAAUUUGCUCAUUCCUACCUGAGUCUUGUGUCCUGACCUGCCUGGUUUCUACUCAAGUGUUCUCUGCCCUUCCAAUUCCAUUUUAAAUUAAGAAGCUUCCUUCAGAGAGGAACUCUUGACUUAUCCUAGCCAAUUUAAACACUGUGUUCCCUCAGCUUUUAUAUUCCUUUUUUGGACUAAUAUGAUACUUUGAUACAUCUCGUGUAUACCCACAACAUAAGCAAUUUAAUAAAAUUGGAGAGACUAUGGCUAGGGAUCCCUUCGAAUUUCUCUGGAAAACCCUGUUUGGAACCUGCAUUAACUGGCCAGUCAGUACAAUGCAGAUUGCAAAGAUUAUAUGGUAUCUAGUCAAGGGCAAGGGCCAAUGCAAAUUGUAUUAAAGGGAGCUCUGAGGCUCUGCAGGGGCCUCCUAGGUGGGCUGUUUGCUUUUCCUCUUUUAAGCACUUGGUAGUUCAAGAGGGCAGGAACUCAUUCCUACUAAGACAGCAAGUGGCUGAGAACAAGGUUGUAUCCUUUUUCUGUUCAGCCUUCGCUCCUGCUAAAGCAGUGAGGACUCGGCCCGCACAGCUGAGGAGCGGAGCCUGUACCCAGCACCGUUUUCCAUGUUACUGGGAGGACCCGAUCCCGGAGGCGGAAUCGUUUAAGGCCAAGGAAGCACUCAAGCCUGUACCCAUAGACUUAUGCCCAAAACGUAAACAGGAAGGCAAAUUACAAACACAAACGCCCACAACCACAUAUACACGUGCACGCCCAGCUCCACAGAAGCAGGCGCGCAUGCCCGUAGCUCCGCGCGCACCUACUUAGUUUUCUCUGCUACAGAUGCUCUCUUCCAUCCACCGAUCCGCCCAGCCAGGCUUUUACCCCAGCCGUGGGGUGGUUUAGCAGGCAGAACUCGGCCAGGCCUAGUAAGAGUGUUUCCCUAUAGAGGGAAGGGAGGCCCUUCCCACCCCGGCGGAAGCGGCGCGUUGGGGUCGGGCGUCCCUAGCUCUUGUCCUGGGAACAUCUGGAGGGGCUGGGGGUGGGCAUCCAGGGUGAACGUGGAUUGGCUUGCGCGGGAGGGGAAGGCGUGAUCUGGGUGGGGGGCGGGGCUCACUGGCCCCUUUAAAGCCUUGACAUCAAGAGGCGGCCCCAGCACCCCCCCUUUCUCUGCCCCCCUCUACCCGAGCCGCGGCCAUGGACCCAGCAGCUCCGGUCUGCCCUGGCUCAAUUCAACACCUGAUUUCGGCAAGGUGACGAUUCUGGCUGCCAGAGUGAGUGUGCCAGCCUGGGUGAGGAGGCAGAGACAGCCUGUCAGGGCUUCUCCACUUGUUCCCAGGGCCUGAUGUCAGAGGCCAUGGACCAGCCAGCCGGGAGUCCUGAAAACCUGAGGCCAGGAGAGGAUGGUGAUGGCAGCAUGGAGCCGGGCACCUGCCAGGAACUCCUGCACCGACUGCGGGAGCUGGAGGCAGAGAACUCUGCACUUGCCCAGGCCAAUGAAAACCAGCGGGAGACCUAUGAGCGCUGUCUGGAUGAGGUUGCCAACCAUGUGGUACAGGCGCUGUUAAAUCAAAAGGACCUGCGCGAGGAGUGCAUCAAACUGAAGAAGAGGGUGUUUGACCUAGAACGGCAGAACCAAGUGCUGAGCGCCCUGUUUCACCAGAAGCUUCAGCUCACAACAGGCUCCUUCCCGCAGAUCCCACUCACUCCUCUCCAGCCACCAUCAGAGCCACCAGCCUCCCCAUCCUUGAGCUCCGCUGAAGGACCAGCCAUCUUGUUGCCUCUGGGGCGCUGUGCGGGGCAGAGAGAGGUAUGUUGGGAGCAGCAGCUGCGACCAGGAGGCCCAGGACCCCCGGCUGCCCCGCCCCCCGCACUGGAUGCUCUAUCCCCUUUCCUUCAAAAGAAAGCCCAGAUCCUGGAGGUUCUGAGAGCCCUGGAAGAAACUGACCCCUUGCUUUUGUGCUCGCCUGCCACCGCCUGGCGGCCCCCAGGCGAGGGUCCUGGCUCCCCAGAACCUAUCAAUGGCGAGCUGUGUGGCCCACCACAGCCCGAACCCUCAACCUGGGCCCCCUACCUGCUAUUAGGCCCUGGCAGCCUGGGAGGCCUGCUACACUGGGAGCGCCUCUUAGGGGGCCUGGGAGAGGAAGAGGGUGCUGGGCGGCCCUGGGGUCCUAGUAAGGGCUCCCCACAGGCCCAGGGCAGUGGAGUGGGGCUACCCUGUGCCCCAGGCAGCAGCUCCUCCUCCUCUUCUGAUGAGGUAGGUGACCCUAACGAGGCACCCAGCCCCGACACCCUGCUCGGGACUCUGGCCCACAAACAGUUGAACCUGGGCCAGCUCCUUGAAGACACUGAGUCUUAUCUACAGGCCUUUUUGGCCAGGGCUGCAGGCCCACUCAAUGGGGACCACCCAGGUCCUGGGCAGCCAUCCUCCCCAGACCAGGGGCCCCCACAGCUGUCCAAGUCCAAAGGCCUCCCCAAGUCAACUUGGGAUGGGACUACCCCAGAGGCCCCCAGGCCAGGCUUUGGUGCUACCUCAGAGGGCCAGGGGCCCCUCUCCUUCCUCAGCAUGUUCAUGGGUGCAGGGGAUGCCCCCCUGGGCUUGCGGCCUGGCCACGCCUACUCCUCAUCUCAGGUGAAAAGCAAGCUCCAAAUUGGCCCGCCUUCUCCUGGGGAAAGCCAGGGACCCCUCCUGCCCUGUCCUGCCAGAGGUCUCAAGUUUCUGAAGCUGCCUCCAGCCUCAGAGAAGGUCCCUAGCCCAGGAGGCCCCCAGCUCAGCCCCCAGCUCCCCCGGAAUUCCCGAAUCCCCUGUCGGAACAGUGGCUCAGACGGCAGCCCCUCCCCAUUGCUGGCCCGCAGGGGUCUGGGUGGAGGAGAGUUGUCCCCAGAGGGGGCACAGGGCUUACCCACCAGCCCUUCACCCUGCUCCACAACCCCGGACUCUGCCCAGCUCAGACCUCCCCAGCCAGCAUUGUCCACCACACUGUCCCCAGGACCGGUGGUAUCUCCCUGCUGUGAGAACAUCCUGGACCUUUCCCGGAGCACCUUUAGGGGGCCUUCCCCAGAGCCACCUCCAUCCGCACUGCAGGUGCCCACCUACCCACAGUUAACUCUGGAGGUGCCACAGGCCUCUGAGGGCCUCAGAAGCCCUGGAGUUCCCCUCAGUCCUUGCCUCUCAGAAUCUUGCCCCUAUGGGAGCUCCCAGGAGAAGAGUUUGGACAAGGCAGGCUCCGAGUCCCCCCAUCCUGGCCGCAGGACCCCAGGCUCAUCCAAGAAGCCUGGCCAGGGGGCAGGGCGGCGACCUGGAGAUCCUGGCUUCACCCCUCUGCGAGACAGGCUGGCAGCCCUGGGCAAACUGAAGACUGGCCCUGAGGGGCCAGAGAAGAAUGGGGUGCCAGCCAGACCUGGCCCGGAGAAGGCCCGGGGAGCAGGGAGGUCAGGGGAGAGCACUGGAGACAUGGCGCCUCCUCCCCCCAGACCCCCCGAGCAGGCUGAAGCCAAGGGUUCUCUUCGGGGGGCAGUGGCCUUAGGCACAAGCAGCCUGAAACAGCAGGAAUCAGGGCUCCUAGGGGACCCUGGAACCCGAGUCUAUUCCUCCCACUCCAUGGGGGCCCGGGUGGACCUGGAGCCUGUCUCACCAAGAAGCUGCCUCACCAAAGUGGAGCUGGCCAAGAGCCGGCUGGCAGGGGCCCUGUGCCCCCAGGUACCCCGAACCCCUGCCAAAGUGCCAACCUCAGCCCCCAGCCUCAGCAAGCCUAAUAAGAGCCCCCACGGAAGCCCUACAAAGCUACCUUCCAAGUCACCCACCAAGGUGGUGCCCCGACCUGUGGCCCCACCAGCCACCAAGGAGCCCCCCAAGCCUGACAAGGGGAAAGGUCCACCUUGGGCAGACUGUGGCAGCACCGCGGCCCAGCCCACACCCCGAGCACCUGGCCCUGAGGACCCCGGCCGUGGUCCUGAGGGGCGGGCCCCACACUCGGCCAUUGAGGAGAAGGUGAUGAAGGGCAUUGAGGAAAACGUGCUGCGGCUCCAGGGCCAGGAGCGGGCGCCCAACACCGAGGCCAGGCACCGCAACACCAGCAGCAUAGCCAGCUGGUUCGGGCUGAGGAAGAGCAAGCUGCCGGCGCUGAACCGCCGCACAGAGGCCGCCAAGAGCAAGGAAGGGGUCAGUGGGGGCUCUCCCCUCCGGAAGGAGGGCAAGGUGGAAGCCCGGAAGCUGGAGGCUGAGAGCCUCAACAUCUCCAAGCUGAUGGCUAAGGCAGAAGAUCUGCGCCGGGCCCUGGAGGAGGAGAAGGCCUACCUGAGUAGCAGGGCGCGGCCACGGCCCGGGGCCCCAGGGCCAGGGCCCAGUGCAGGGCUGGGGCAGGUGCAGGGCCAGCUGGCCGGCAUGUACCAGGGCGCAGACACCUUCAUGCAGCAGCUGCUCAACAGGGUGGAUGGCAAGGAACUGCCGCCCAAGAGCUGGCGGGAGCCCAAACCCGAGUAUGGUGAUUUCCAGCCAGUGUCUUCUGACCCCAAGAGCCCCUGGCCAGCCUGUGGGCCCCGAAAUGGUCUGGUAGGCCCUCUUCAGGGCUGUGGAAAACCUUCUGGGAAGCUGAGCAGUGAGCCAGGAAGGCGGGAAGAGAUGCCCUCAGAGGACAACCUGGCCGAACCAGGGCCCACCUCCCACUUCACAGCCUGUGGCUCCUUGACUCGGACCCUGGACAGUGGCAUUGGGACCUUCCCACCCCCAGACCACGGCAGCAGUGGGACCCCCAGCAAGAACCUUCCCAAGACCAAGUCACCACGACUGGAGCCCCCAGCCGGGGUGCCCCCAGCUCGGCCCCCACCCCUUACCAAAGUCCCCCGUCGUGCCCACACACUGGAGCGUGAGGUGCCAGGCAUAGAGGAGCUGCUGGUGAGCGGGCGGCACCCCAGCAUGCCAGCCUUCCCUGCACUGCUCACUUCUGCUCCAGGCCACGGAGGCCAUCAGACCUGUCCUGACGAUCCCUGCGAAGACCCAGGCCCUCCCCCUCCUGUCCAGCUGGCCAAGAACUGGACCUUCCCCAAUGCGAGGGCAGCUGGCGGCUCCACUGACCCUUUCCUAUGCCCACCCCGACAAUUGGAGGGGCUGCCCAGGACCCCUGUGGUGCUGCCCGAGGACCGGAAGCGGAGCCUGGAGCCCAGCCGCCCAGCCCCUACACCCCAGGGCCCGGCAUUUGGGGGUAGCCGGACCCCAAGCACAUCAGACAUGGGUGAGGAAGGGAGGGUGGCCAGUGGGUGCCCCCCAGGGCUAGAGACCUCAGAGUCUCUCAGCGACUCGCUCUAUGACUCACUCUCCUCCUGUGGGAGUCAGGGCUAAGGGGCUGCACCACACCCCAGCCCCUCUCUGGAGUUGGAGACCACAGACUGGACCAGCUCUCCUCAUGCCCACCCCCUUGGGGACACUGGGGCCCCUCCCUGAAGGGACCAAGGAAGCAGGUGGAUAAGAAGGUGAAUGGGGUCCCUGGCACAUCCCACUGCCCACCUCUGCUGUGGAGAUAACCACUCUCAGCUCAGGGAGAGAUCCUACCCUUAGUCCCUUCUCCCACCCAGAGUAAGGCUCUUCCUCUGGGGACUGGGGUUCAAGGCUGCUGUGUCCCAGCCCCCACUUCAGGCUGAGCCAUUGUGGUGCUGGGCUUCCUGCCCUCCAGCUGUGCCAUCUCCGCCCAGCGUGGCUGCUUCCUGCCCUGGAGCCCCUGGGGGCCAGCCCCUGCUGGUGGAGGGGGCAAGGGAUCAAACUGCCUUCUCUGUCUGCCCCCAUCCUCCCUGCUGUCUGAUGGUGCUGCCCUCCUUUGCCCUGUGUUUUGGGGCCGAUUUGUCUUUCUGUUGUUGGUUUUUUUUUAUAUAUUAAAACGCCUGGCUCAGCCCCCACCCUGCCAUCCCCACACUGCGGUUAAUUUAUCUGUUAAAAACGCGGCUGUCCACUUCCAGCCUCUGCUUCUGCCGUAUCCCUAAUAAAACAUGGAGGCCCA